AGGUGCCCACGUGAUCCUGGCCUGCUGUCGGUGCCUGCGGUGAGGUACCUGGGCUCCUGAAGGGCGGGCGUUUAGGUCAUAACUGCCGCUGCCGGCGGACGCUCUCGGGCGACCAGGGUCGGUAACGACAAGCCGGCGGGGACAGUAACUACUUAGUGCCUACCGCACGGGUCUGCUCUUUCUGCCACCUCCGCCGUCUCCACCUCUUUUCGGGUGAAGUCACAUUUGCGUUUCGAGACUUUGGGUCCUGAGGCCCAAACUCGACACGAGUCCCCACCACUCCUCUUUUUAACUCAUCCUCCGUCUCUUCCUUUGCACCACCACAUCAUUUAGCCUUUGAACUGGCCAGCUAGGCUGUUCCUUGAGGCCAAGUUCAAGGCGGUUUAAAGUAACCGUGGGGAAAGCAGCCCCCCAGUGGACAAAGGCGGAGGCAAGAAUAGAGCAGGCCUAGCGGCCACAGGCAAUUAAAGUAGGCGACUGAGGGUGUGAACAGGGAAAAAGGAAAAAAAAAAAAAAAAAAAAAAGAAAAAGAAAAAGAGUACUGCGGUUUAGAAAGGACUGGAAAGGACUUGUUGCACGAUGGAAGAAUCUGACUCUGAGAGAAAGAUGGAGAAAGAGAAUCUGGGGCCAAGAAUGGAUCCUCCCAUAGGGGAACCUGAAGGAUCGCUAGGGUGGGUGCUACCAAAUACAGCCAUGAAGAAAAAGGUGCUGUUGAUGGGUAAAAGUGGGUCUGGUAAGACCAGUAUGAGGUCUAUUAUCUUUGCAAAUUAUAUUGCCAGAGACACACGUCGCCUUGGUGCAACAAUACUAGACCGUUUACAUAGUCUUCAAAUUAAUAGCAGUUUGAGCACCUACUCUCUCGUAGACUCUGUUGGAAAUACAAAGACAUUUGAUGUAGAACAUUCUCAUGUUCGAUUUCUGGGAAACCUGGUAUUGAACCUGUGGGACUGUGGUGGACAGGACACUUUCAUGGAAAAUUAUUUCACUAGCCAGCGAGACAACAUCUUCAGAAACGUGGAGGUUCUGAUAUAUGUGUUUGAUGUGGAAAGCCGUGAAUUGGAAAAGGACAUGCACUAUUACCAAUCAUGCCUAGAGGCUAUUCUGCAGAAUUCUCCAGAUGCCAAAAUCUUUUGCUUGGUACACAAAAUGGAUCUGGUACAGGAGGAUCAACGGGACCUGAUUUUUAAAGAGCGAGAAGAAGAUCUGAGGCGUUUGUCUCGCCCAUUGGAAUGUUCUUGUUUCCGAACAUCUAUCUGGGAUGAAACUCUCUAUAAGGCUUGGUCCAGCAUUGUUUAUCAGCUGAUCCCCAAUGUUCAGCAGCUGGAAAUGAACCUAAGGAAUUUUGCUGAAAUUAUUGAGGCUGAUGAAGUCCUUUUGUUUGAGAGAGCUACUUUUCUGGUGAUUUCUCACUAUCACUGUAAAGAGCAGCGUGAUGCCCACAGAUUUGAGAAAAUCAGCAACAUUAUUAAGCAAUUUAAGCUGAGCUGCAGCAAGCUAGCUGCUUCUUUCCAGAGCAUGGAAGUCAGGAACUCUAACUUUGCUGCUUUCAUUGACAUCUUUACAUCCAACACUUAUGUGAUGGUCGUGAUGUCUGAUCCAUCCAUUCCUUCUGCAGCUACUCUGAUCAACAUCCGCAAUGCCAGGAAACACUUUGAAAAGCUGGAGAGAGUGGAUGGACCAAAACAGUGUCUCCUCAUGCGCUAAACAUUGCCACAUGUUGUUUCAAAAAAUUUUGAAAUACUGUUUCUUAAUUAAUCUUAAUGUUGUAUUCAUAUAUGUAGGCUCUGAAAUGUGAUGCUUACCACUUGUGUAUUUCUUCCCCACAUCAGUCUUAACGUUUAACCUUGAAUGCUAUUUACUAAAAUAGCCAGUGAGAAGUUAGAAAAUGAGCUGUUCAUGGACUUGAUGUGACAUAAAAGUAUGUGAUAUGUAAGUGUUCUGAUAACAAGAUUCUAAUAGUGUGUGUUCUGAUAACCUGGUUCUAAUAGUUGUGUAUGCCAUAGCCUUUUCCAACAUCAUCUUGUAUUCCUCAUUGGAUAGUAACCUAUAAGUUUGGAAUAUUACUAAUUUCUCAGCAUGCAUUAAAAUUAUUCCUUAACUUCAACUGUAAAUAAACUUUUGCUGUUAGGGA